AUGGCCAGAGCACUGAGAAGAUUUGUCUCGCUCGCACCGAUGUUCAACGUGCGACGCCUGUCAACAGUUGCACGAGUUGGGGGAUCCCUGCCGGCACAACUGCCAAAGCAUCGUUCUCCAGUAACGUCCGAUACCGGUUUACAAUUGCACGAGUCUUUUGGGGCUAAAGUGAAUAACGAUCAAGCUAGGUUCAGUUCGUCGUUGCCAAAAUCUACCUCUAAGAUGGCUGGAAAUGCAAAGCUCCUGCAUGAGAACCUAUGGGAUCAGGAUAAGGAGCUUAUGGAGUUGAUACGAAAAGAGAAGAAGCGCCAAACCAGAGGCCUUGAAAUGAUUGCCAGCGAAAACUUCACCUCUUUGUCAGUGUUGCAAUGUCUGAGCUCUUGCCUUCAUAACAAAUACUCGGAAGGUUUGCCCGGUCAAAGAUACUACGGAGGUAACGAGUUUAUUGACGAGAUUGAACUAUUGGCCCAAAAGCGUGCAUUGGAAGCAUACCGUUUAAACCCCGAGGAGUGGGGUUGUAAUGUUCAACCCUAUUCUGGGUCGCCAGCAAAUUUCGCCGUCUACACUGCGUUGAUUGAACCGCACGGCCGCAUAAUGGGUCUAGAUCUGCCAGACGGUGGACAUCUAACGCACGGUUUUAUGACGCAGACGAAGAAAAUUUCGGCCACGUCAAUCUUUUUUGAAAGCAUGCCCUAUAAGGUCGAUCCAGUAACAGGGUUGAUCGAUUACGAUAAAAUGGAGGAAAUGGCGCGUUUGUUCAAACCGAAGGUGAUCAUUGCCGGCAUAUCAUGUUAUUCACGCUGCUUGGACUACAAACGAUUCCGUGAAAUUGCUAACCAAAAUGGAGCGUUUCUGUUCGCUGAUAUGGCACACAUAUCGGGGCUGGUAGCCGCUGGUAUCAUACCAUCCCCCUUCGAGUACGCAGAUGUGGUUAGCACAACGACACACAAGACGUUGCGUGGACCGCGUGCAGGUGUCAUUUUUUUCCGAAAAGGCGUACGCAGUGUGAAAGCAAACGGGGAAAAGGUGAUGUACGACUUGGAAUCGCGCGUUAAUCAGGCCGUAUUUCCUGGGCUGCAAGGUGGUCCGCACAAUCACGCCAUCGCUGGUAUUGCGACCUGUAUGCUGCAGGCACAGACUCCGGAGUUUCGUGCCUACCAGGAACAAGUAAUUAAAAAUGCACGCGCGCUUUGUGCCGGUUUGCUUGAGAAAGGAUACUCAGUGGCGACGGGUGGUACUGAUGUUCAUCUUGUGCUGGUAGAUCUUCGACCGGUCGGUAUUACGGGUGCCCGUGCAGAAUUCAUUUUGGAGGAAAUUUCCAUCGCAUGCAACAAAAAUACUGUUCCUGGUGACAAAUCCGCACUAAAUCCAUCUGGAAUUCGACUGGGUACACCUGCCCUUACAACACGUGGCCUGCUCGAGAAAGACAUGCAAGUUGUAGUAGAGUUUAUUGACCGUGGAUUACGUCUGUCGAAGGAUAUUUCCAACGUUUCAGGACCGAAACUCGCCGACUUUAAGCGUGUCAUUCACGAAGACAGCACACUUAGAGCCAAGGUGCAAAGUUUACGCAAGGAAGUUGAACUGUACAGUGAGCAAUUCCCUCUGCCUGGUUAUGUGGAUUUCUAA